AUGGCCUUGCAGAGACUAGCAAGAUAUGGCCCUAAGGUGCCCAGCCACCUGUCCGGUGGAGGCGACCGGGUCCGGCAUUGUGGCAGCUUAUUCAGGAAUUGGGAGGCGCCACAGGUGCCACAGCCGCAGCCCUUUGCGGUUUGCUUGGGCUCUCCCGAAGGGACGCGGCUGCGGACGGCUUCUGCUGGGCUCCGGCAUUUGCCGCAAGACAUUCAUCGACAGCAGACCGUAGAGGCAUUCCGUCAGCGAAGUUUGAGGAUGUUCUCCUCCGGCAACCUCCCUAGCGUGUUUACUUUACAGGAAAUCAAGGAGGUGCCGAUAACAACUUGCUUGAUGACGAAGUGGGUGUUGGAUAAGAUAGGAGCAGACUCAGACACCCUUCAAUGUUUUAUUCCAGCGAAUACGAAGAAAUCGACAGAUGCUCAUUCAAGAAGCUUCUUUGAAGGGUGGAUACAAGCUCGGAUAGGUUUUGCAUGUCGCCCAUCUCAAGCACUACGAGAUGCUUUCCGCCGGGCUUAUGACGACCGCCUUCUUCGUUGGGGGCGCCUGCUGGAGGUCCUCGAUUGCUUUGCAGGCGACAUCGCGUACCACUAUUGUACACCUGAAGAGGAGGGUUAUUCUAAGCUGACGACUCUGAUGGUAACAGCUUCUAUCGAACACAUGGAGUUCAGCGAUGCGCCGGACGGUCAUACGACGGAAGACCGAGUGGUCAGAGGCCUAAGCGUGGAGGAGGACCUGACGCUGAUAGGCUGCGUGACACAAAGCGGUUCCUCUUCGGUUGGCAUUAGGAUUGAGAUGCAGCAGAACAACGAAGUGAAGGGAAGCGUUUCGUUCGUUAUGGUUGCCGUCGACGCGACGGGCAAACCUGUCAAGAAGGUGCCUCGGCUUGAUGACAGCAGUUGCAGUCCUGAGCUCCGGAGCCUUAUCGCCAGCUCAGCAAGCGGAUUCGUUGCCCGGAAGGCCAAUGCAGGAAAGAUGUUCUCUUUGGUCCCUCCCGAACCCGAGGAGUCUGUCUUCUUGCAUGACGUGUGGAAAAAAUCUCUAAUCGGAAGGGAGAACAUAGUGUGGAUGCGGGACACGAAACUGGCAUCAGCGGAGCUGAUCCAGCCGGAGGCCUUAUCCAGAUACAACAGGGCGUUCGGUGGAUUGGUCUCGCGGAAAGCACUGGAACUCUCGUUUUUGAAUGCACAGUGCUUCCUGAAAACUGUCAGGCCCGUUCUAAAAGGAGUGGACGAUAUAUUCUUUCUGCAGCCGCUUUUCGUCGGCGAAAUGACAAUGAUGGUGUCUACUGUCGUCUGGUCCCAAGCAGACGAGGUGCAGAUUCAGGUUGAAGCAUUCCGCGUUGAUCCCGUGUCAGGGGAUAGGAAAAAAACCAACAUCUUCCAUUUCCGCUAUGAUACGCUCAUCGAUGAAAAGGACACGUGGCGGCGUAAGAUACCGCCAAAGGUGUUUCCCUCGGACUACGCGGACUACAUUUCCUUCCUGGAAGCAAGGCGACGGUACUUUUUGAGAAGAGGGAAAAAUGAACUUGAAGUGUGA